GAUGACAUUUUUUUCCUCCAAAUUUCUCCUCCUUAUAAAAUACUUACUAGAUCAAGCAAACAACACACUAAAGAAAACAAAAUUGUUAAAACUCUCGUUAACUGAAAAAUAUGAGGAACAUUACUACUACAACCCGAAAAAUGUUACUACUUGUGAUUACGAUUUUAUUGGGGAUUGCGUAUCAUGGAGAAGCCAUAGCAUGUCCGCAGGUAAACAUGUACUUAGCACAAUGUUUGCCUUAUCUAAAAGCUGGAGGAAAUCCGUCUCCAAUGUGCUGCAACGGACUUAAUAGUCUAAAAGCCGCAGCGCCUGAGAAAGCCGAUAGACAAGUAGCUUGUAAUUGCUUGAAGAGUGUAGCUAAUACAAUCCCUGGAAUUAAUGAUGAUUUUGCCAAACAACUCCCUGCUAAAUGUGGUGUUAAUAUAGGAGUCCCUUUCUCUAAGACUGUGGACUGUAACAGCAUAAACUGAAAAGAAGAUUGACUACCAACGGCCAUGCAGCUACAAUAAAGUGGAUAUCCUAAAAGAUCAAAACCAUCAUGAACAAAUUAUAUGGAUACUUAGUAUUUAUCUUCUGAUCAUAUAUGUUAUAGAUGUAAUCAUAUAGUUCUUGGCAGAUAAAAUGUGAUUAUUUCCCACAUUUACAUAUUCCCUCUUUCCUACUCUCACACGUAGCUCAACAUCUUAAAAUAUGAUCAUCAGCAUUUGCACACAAUGUUUCAC